CAGGUUCCGCACAGGCCUGUGGAAGCGACCGGAGAAGGAGGGCUAAGAUGGCGGAAGCGGCGGAGUCUCCAGGAGAUCGGGGGACACCGUCGCCCAGGCCCCUGCAGUGUGUUGGUGCUCUUUGAGUUUCACCUGCAGAGUAUGCUGUCAAACUUGGAUUUUUGCCAAUAAUAGUUUGCAGGCCUUUCAGAUAUAUCCAUCUCACAAGACAUCCCUGUGGAAGGAGAAAUCACUAUUCCCAUGAGAUCUCGCAUUCGGGAAUUUGACAGCUCUACUUUAAAUGAAUCUGUUCAGAAUACCAUCAUGCGUGAUCUAAAAGCUGUUGGGAAAAAAUUCAUGCAUGUUUUGUAUCCAAGGAAAAGCAAUACACUUCUGAGAGACUGGGAUUUAUGGGGCCCUUUGAUUCUUUGUGUGACCCUUGCAUUAAUGCUUGAGAGAGGCUCUGUAGAUAGCGAAAAAGAUGAAGGGCCCCAGUUCGCAGAAGUGUUUGUCAUUGUCUGGUUUGGUGCAGUUACCAUCACCCUCAACUCAAAACUUCUUGGAGGAAACAUAUCUUUUUUUCAGAGCCUCUGUGUGCUGGGUUACUGUAUAUUUCCCUUGACAGUGGCAAUGCUGGUCUGCCGAUUGGUACUUUUGGCCGAGCCAGGACCAAUAAACUUCAUGGUCCGGCUUUUUGUGGUGAUUGUGAUGUUUACCUGGUCUAUAGUAGCCUCUACAGCUUUUCUUGCUGAUAGUCAACCUCCAAACCGCAAAGCCCUUGCUGUUUAUCCUGUUUUCUUGUUCUAUUUUGUCAUCAGUUGGAUGAUUCUCACCUUCACUCCUCAGUAAAUCAGAAAUGGAAAUGGAAAUUAAAGGCAGUGAAUUGAAUGUUCAUCUAAAACAUGCAAUUCACCAUGGAGGUUUGCCUCUAGCCCUCUUUUGUCUAAUUUUGGAGGUAUUUGGCAACUGGGAAUGUGAGGGAGAUUAAGAGGGAGCCAUAAAAAAUCAUUGUCAUUUAUGUAAAGAACUGCUGUUUGAAAGGCCAUCCUUUUCCUCUUAAUGUUAUUUCUUUAAAAUACAUAUGAGUAGUACAGGCAGUUUAAUGCCUCCUUAUUAAGGCAUGACAGGGUCACUGUGGUCCAUUUGAGUGACAAGUGACUCAGGAAACACAUGGAUUCAUCCUGCAAGUUGAAUCAAGUUGUUAACUGUAUUUUCAGUUUUGAGAAUACCAGUUCAGGUGAAGAUCUUGAACACAUUGCCUUAUGACUAUUAGAAUAUGCCUCUCUUUUCAUAAAUACGAAUGGAUAGUCUGUAUCCAUUUUCUUUUUUCUCUCUUCAGCUUAAAAAGGCAAUGACAGAUUGGGAGGGGGAUUCAUAGAUGUAGGAGAAGAAAGCAUUCAUUAACCAAUAUUCAUAUUUUAAUCAUAGAAAAUGUUGCACUUGUUGCUUAAAAAAAGAAAGGACAUCUAAGGAAUCAACUUCUUUAGUUUUUCUGUAUAGUCACCUUUCUGCCAUGCUUAACGUCACCUCUGUAAUACUCUUGUUUUGUUUUGUUUUUCUUUUAUUGAAGUAUAGUUGAUAUAUAUUAUAUUAGUUUCAGGUAUACAAUGUAGUAAUUCUACAGUUAUCUACAUUAUUAAAUGCUCACCCCAGUAUGUGUUAUUACUGUCAACAAGCAAAGGUAUUAUAAUAUUACUGACUGUAUUCCCUAUGCUGUACUUUCAUCCCCAUAACUAAUUUAUAUUAUAGUUGGGAUUUUGUGCUUUCUCCUUCACCUAUUUUACCCACCCACCUCCCCCCUUUCCCUCCCUGAUGAAAACUACCAGUCUCUUCUGUAUGUCUAUGAGUCUAUUUCUGUCUUGUUCAUUUUUAUUUUUAGAGUCCACAGAUAAGUGAAAUCAUAGGGUCUUUCUCUGCCUGGUUUUUAUUUCACUUAGCAUAAUACCAUCUAGGUCCAUCCAUAUUGUUGCAAAUGGCAGGAUUUCAUUCUUCUUUUAUGGCUAAGUGAUAUUCCAUUGUAUAUAUGUACCAAAUCUUCUUUACCCUUUCAUCUUGAUGGACACUUAGGUUACUUCCAUAUCUUGGUUAUUAAAUCUUACUCUGAAUAUGCAAGCUAAGAUGCUAGCAGUCAACAUGUAAUUUUCUUGAGUUCUCAGUGGACCAGUGCUUGAACUUAACAAGUAGAAGACCUCAGAAAUUUAGUUGGCCCCUAAUGCAUAAGCUUAUGUGGGCACCUUCUCUUAAGGGUAGAAUGAGGCAGUUUGGACAUGUCAUAGAUAUGAGGAAUUCUUCAUUAUUCUAUGUAGUAUGGCUUCUAACUAGAGAGCAAAGCUAAAUCAGAAGCCUGCAUUUAACUAUGGGAACAUGGAGGGAUUUAGUGUUCUAAUGGCUGAUUCACAGAACAACUAAGACACUUAGAGCAUGACAUAGGAUGACUUGCGUUUCUAGCUGCUACCUUUCCAUAAUGGGCUUAGCAGUUUUUUCAUAAGAUGUGUUCUUUUGGGUCGGAGAAUAGCAAUUUAUUUUCUUGGUUGUAGACUUUAUUUGUAAAUCUAUUUAGCUCUCCUUUAGACAGGUACUUUUUUGCACAUGUGCACCUACUUGGAUUCUCACCUAUUUAUGCACACAAGUAUGAAGGCUUUUCAGGGAGUUGAGUGUCUGGGACAGGCUGAUUCUGAGCUAAACACGGCUCCUUUAAGGUAAUAGAACCUUAUGCCUUCUAUAAAUUGCACGUUGAGGAACUCUUAAUAGACAAAGAAUAGGAGCCAGGCAGAAAACACUCAUUGUAAAUAAAAGUUACUUAUAAAGAUAGGAAUUUCUUAUUCCACAUUUUUUCUUUAUCAUAGAAUUUAAAUAAUUAUUCAUUUUGUAUUUAAAGACUACCUACACAUAGAUAAAUAAUUUUAAAAGAAUAUUUUCUCCAUCCCAAUAUUAACCAAGUCAAUAAUACUAGGACAAAUGGGUUCUUGGAAUGAUAGCAAUUACAAAGCAUUACCAAGUUGGUCCCUUCUGUCCCAGCUAUGUCCAGUGUUUGUGGUUAUAUAUUCGUAUUUAUUUCAGUUUCCCUGUCAAAUUUUAAAAUAAGCCCUGUGAGGACAAAGCCAAUUUUUUAGUCUUGAAUUGGUAAUGAAAAUAUUUUGAAACUGAUUCUAAUUUUGAAAUUGAUCCUAAAUAUCAUCCAUUUCUAUUGUCUGAAACAUCUCUCUUACAAAGUUGUUUCAUAAUCUGUCCCAAUGAUUAAGAUGUAAAAUUCAAGAAAUAGUCAUGCUCCUCAAAAGGGAAUUAAGACUUUACUGAAUUUUACUCAGUUUGAAUAUUUAGUCAGAAAUUCCUAAGGGCACAACUUUGUGGGGGUUUGUGUGUGUAUGUAUAGGAGGGGGUAAUACAUAUUGGGUGUGAAGGCAGGUUAUUCAGUGUAUUAAUCUGUUGCUCUUCGGUGACUUAAGACAGUGCUGUUAUUUGAUUUAAAUGAAGAUGACUAAAAUGGAGAUUUAAUUACCUUUCUGAAAAUGAGUGGUCAUUUUUAGGGUAUAAAUAAAAUUUUUCUUAAUAUAUGCAAAACAGUGCAUUGCUUUCUGUGACAGAAGACCUCAUUAUCUGAACGCUGUAACCUUCAGCACAGGUUUCUCUGAUUUGCUGGACAGGCACAUGGCUAAUUAUAGAAAACAGGACUAGAAGGGAAGGGACUCCAACAAAGGAAAUCCUUUUCCAGGAAUUGGGAAAUUUCUUGCUUUAAAUGAAAUUCAAGCUGAUGAGCAUCAUUGCAGAAUGUGGGUCAUCCCUGCCAUCAUUGCUUCUUACUCGCUGCUCCUACUUCUGAGACUGAAACUCUGUUGUCAUAUUCUUUAGCAAUAGGAAAGGUAAAGACUAGAUUUAAUCAUGGUUACAAUUAUACAAACUCAAUCAAUAUGAAUAUAAUUGAAUGUACAGUGUAUUCUUAAAAGUCAAUCACUAAUCAUCAAGUCUUUGCCUCCUAAUGCUUCCUAAGAGGCUCAUUGCAUAGGUUGAUUUGGAUCUUUGCAUUGUGGUGGGGGUUUUCUGUUGUUGGACAAGUUGGGGUUGGUCACAGGACAUGGGACUGGUAAACAUUUUACUGUUUAUUGUAUUUGUCUUUUUAUAAAAUACACCCCAAAAUGUGAUUGGAAGGCUAGCAAGCCUGUAUUUGAAGAUUUCAUUGUGUACUUUAUAUAAUCUAACUACUUACUAUAUCGGGGUUUAACUGUUUAUUCAUGAAAAUGAAAAUCUCCAGUCAUUUCAAUUUCUUGGGUAACAUCAAGUCAUUGGAAUGCAUGAAGCUUACCAGGAUAUGAUCAGAUGUCCAUUGCAUGCAGCUGUUUUAUUCCAGAGUAAAAUACUGAAAUUGUGAUUCUUAAUUACCUGUUAAUUUAUGAGACAGAUUAGAUAGAAAUAAAUGUGUGAAUGUUAAUCCAUAUAUGUAAAUUAGAAAUACUUUUCUCCAUUCUGUGGGCUUUUAUUAAAAAUAAUUUCUAGGAAUUGACUUAGGCCAUAGGAUGGCCAAAUAAUAAUAAUAAUAAUAAUAAUAAUAAUACUGAUAAUAGCUAACAUUUAUUGGGCACUUACUGUGUGCCAGGCAUUAUUAUAUUUUUAAGAAUUUUUUUAUAACAGCUUUAUUUAGAUACACCUUACCAUAAAAUUCACCCUUUUAAAGUGACAUACAAUUCAGUGAUUUUUUUUUCAGUAUAUUCAUGUAAUUGUGCGGCUGUCACUGCUUUCUCAUUUUAAAACAUUUCAUCACUCCACAAAGAACCCCAUAUCCAUUAGCGGUUCACUCCCUUUCCCCCAUCUCCCCAGUCCCUGGCAACCACCAGUCUGCUUUCUAUCUCUCUUGGUUUGGACAGGCACUAUUCUUAAGUGCUUUUCAUGUGUCUCCUCAACAUAAGUCCUCAGCAUAAAGUGCUGAAAUUCUCACUUUACAUGUAGAAAAUCAAGGCACAGAAAACUCAAGUAAAUCGCCCAAAGUCUCACAGUAUAUUGAUUUAAAAUAUGAAAAUGCGUUAGAUGAGAGCACAGUAGGGCACAGUUUGUACUGCAUUGUUAGGCACAUUAAAUGAACACACCAUCUACCCAGGGAAUGUUCUUUUGUUAUUAGCCAUUACACUCAACAACUCUUUGUAGAUAACUCUUUUUCUGAAUAAUAGAACAUUGCAUUAGCAUCAUCUGAGAAAAACACAAGAGCAGUUGUACAUUGGGAAGAAUUGGGUUUGCUGCCCUCACUCCUCCUUGAACCCCUCUUCUCUCCCUUCCCUUCCCACCACCACCACACAUACCCCUUUUCUCAAAGUCUUAAGAUCAAACAACUUCUUCCUCUGUCAUUUUAACUCUCCCAGAGGGAUAGUUAAUGCGUCAAAUUUAACUUGUCUAUUCAGGUGUUUAUACAGUCAAGGGAUGCAUCUGGUUGCUGAUAGUACCAGCUAUAUUUCUAAGACCUCAGAGAGCAGUAGUGUGAGAGUAGAAUGCUUUUUAUGUGGGUUAUACUAAGUGAGAGGAAGAAAUUACGGAGUAAAGGCUUUGCCUUAAUGAAGUCAGUGUUCCAGCCUGGUAGGAAGUGGCCACACACUGCUCUUGUUCACUCUGUUCUCUUUCAUUCAGAACCUUUGUACUCUGUGCUAUCAUUGAUGGUAAUUUCUUGGUCCUCUUCAAUAUUCCAUUUUAAUCCUGAUAUUUUCCAUAAAUAAUGAACCUGUGAAAAGAAUAAACCUGUAGAAUGAUUUGCAAAUGUUAAAUGUGCAAAUAAAACAUACUGGAAAAGGA